GGCAACGAGCUCUUCUACAUCCUCUUCUUCCCUUUCUGCAUCUGGAACUUGGACGCCUGGCUGGGUCGGAGGCUCAUCAUCAUCUGGGUGGGGGUGAUGUACCUGGGGCAGUGCACCAAGGAUGUCAUCCGCUGGCCGCGGCCCGCCCCCCCGCCCGCCGUGAAGCUGGAGGUCUUCUACAACUCGGAGUACAGCAUGCCCUCCACCCACGCCAUGUCCGGCACCGCCAUCCCCCUGGCGCUGCUGCUGCUCAGCUACGGCCGCUGGCAGUAUCCCCUUAUGUUUGGGCUGAUCCUUGCAUUCUGCUGGUGUUCUUUGGUUUGCUGUAGUCGAAUUUAUAUGGGAAUGCAUUCAAUUUUGGAUGUUAUUGCUGGAUUUCUGUAUGCUAUUCUCAUCUUGGUUGUCUUCCAUCCAGUUGUGGACCUGAUUGAUAAUUUCAACUUAACUUACAAAUAUGCACCCUUAAUUAUCAUCAGUCUCCAUUUAGCCCUGGGCAUCUUCUCUUUUACUUUGGACACCUGGAGCACAUCGCGAGGAGACACAGCUCAGAUCCUGGGCUGUGGUGCGGGAGUAGCCUGUGGUUCUCACGUUAACCACAUGCUCGGCCUAAAGCUAGAUCCUCCUCCUGAUACGUUACCUUUAUCUCUUUCUUCUCUUACCGUGACUGUAUUUGGAAAAGCCAUAUUGCGGUUGUUGAUUGGAGUAAUAGUUCUGCUGCUAACAAAAGUAGCAAUGAAAAAAGCCACUAUUCCACUGGCAUGUCGAAUGUUCCGCAUACCGCAUGACGACGUACGGAAAGCAAGACAGCGCAUGGAGGUCGAGCUUCCCUAUCGCUAUAUUACGUAUGGAAUGGUUGGGUUCUCCCUCAUGUUCAUUGUUCCUUGCCUCUUCCAUUUUAUUGGUCUUUCUUGA